CCGCUAAAACGAAAAGAUACAGAAACCCUUGUUCUUGUUCCUCAGCAGCGUAGCAUUUGUGGAUUUAGCAAUGUCGUCGUUGUUGCAGUCAUUUGUGGAUCCGAAGAAGAACUGGUUAGCACGUCAGCACAUGAAAUCCCUGUCGAAGCGCCUUCGCAAUUACGGGCUCCGAUACGAUGAUCUUUACGAUCCAUAUUACGAUUUGGAUGUGAAGGAGGCCCUGAACAGGCUUCCGAGGGAGAUAGUUGACGCUCGCCACCAGCGUCUUAAGCGUGCCAUUGACCUUUCCAUGAAGCACGAGUACCUCUCUAACGAUCUUCAGGUAGUGCAAACACCAUUCCGGAACUACCUUCAGGAUAUGCUGACCCUUGUGAAGAGGGAGAAAGCGGAACGUGAAGCGUUGGGGGGUUUGCCUCUCUAUCAACGAGCCAUUCCUUGAAUGCAUUAAAUCUUGCUUGAAGCUAUUUUGAUUGGAGUGGAACAUUGGUUGAAAUUGUAUUAAUGUUGCGGUAUGAUGUUUUCAUUGGAGAAGUUUAUCUCCUUCGCAUUUCCUCCUUAUAUGAAUCACAUUUUUUUCAUGAUGUGAAUUUUGUACUCAACCGUUUUCUAAUAACAUUUAAAACUUUUACA